UGGAAAACUAGCUGGAACUAAUUCAGUAUGCUUAUUCCAUGACGAAACUGUUCUGUUCUGGAAAAAAAAGUGAGUAAAAUUAAAACAUAAAGCAGUGAGUAAAAUUAAAACAUAAGCAUAACAGGGUUUAACCAAAAUACAGUAAUUUGCUAAUGAGCAUAAAAAGGAGGGAUUUAAAAUCCAAUGCCAUGUUUGAGAUUCCUUUGUUAGGAGUUUCUUGUAGGCCAGUUUAACUGUGGCUGGAGGGAUUAAAGAGAAGCACAUGAUGUCCUAUCCCGUGAUUAGACUGAGGACAGGAGAGAUGAAAUGAGUGAGUUUGCUUUCUUUCACUCUGAUGCUGUGAUCAGAUCCAGUCCACUAUGGCAUCCCCAAGGCUUGAGACUUUCUGCUGUCCCAACAGAGACAAGUCAACCCAAUUUGUUUUAAACUUUCAGCCACGCUUCUUCAGUGCAAUCUGCAUUGGCAGUGCUAGUGUGAGCCUCAUAUUUGCUAUCCUGCAGAUUUUGCCCAAAAGAAGAGGGUAUAGGAGACUGGGGCAGUAUCCUCUGCCGAAGCCAACAUCCUCGUCUCGGAUUCUUCUCAUCAUCAGUCUCUGUGAUAUCCUGGGAUGCGCAGGGAUACUUCUCAGAUCUUCUGUAUGGCUUGGCUCCCCAAACUUCAUUACAGAAAUGUCAGUCAUCAAUAGCACUGAAGUAUGGCCAACAGCUUUCUGUGUGGGCAGUGCGAUGUGGAUCCAGUUAUUUUACAGUGCCUCCUUCUGGUGGACGUUCUGCUAUGCAGUGGAUGUAUACCUAGUUGUUAAAAGAUCAGCUGGACAAAGCACUAUUGUAUUGUACCACAUGAUAACCUGGGGCCUGGCUGUUCUAUUGUGUGUGGAAGGAGUGACUAUGCUCUACUACCCUUCAAUUUCAAGCUGUGAAAAUGGACUGGAACACGCAGUGCCUCAUUACAUCACCACCUAUGCUCCCAUUCUUCUAGUUCUGAUUGUUAAUCCGAUCCUGUUUGGCAGAACUGGAACAGCCGUUACUUCACUGCUGAAGGGAAGACAAGGAAUUUACACAGAAAAUGAAAGACGUCUGGGAACAGAGAUUAAAAUCCGAUUUUUCAAGAUUAUGAUCGUUUUUCUUAUUUGUUGGCUUCCAAAUAUUAUCAACGAGAGCCUUUUGUUCUAUCUGGAAAUGCAGGACGAUAUCAAAGGGAGCCCCCUUAAAAAUGUCAGGAACGCAAUCUUGAUUACAUGGUUUAUAAUGGGUAUCUUCAAUCCAAUGCAGGGUUUCCUCAACACACUUGCUUUUCAUGGCUGGACUGGAUGGGAUAUUGAUCUCAACAUGAAGAGUCGGAGGGAAAUACCCUGGGAUUCCGGAUCCACGUCAGCUGCUGCUGCAGAUGUCUACAACCCCACUGUCAGCUCCUCACUUAACUACCAAGGUUUUGUCCAAGAUGCUAAGAACAGCAUGAAUGGGAACGGCCAGCAGCACUCGGAUGCCAUAAGCGUCCUCUCUGAAGGUUCAGAAUCUAGUACAAUUGAAAUCCACAUUUCAAGUGAGCUGCAUGACUUAGAAGGUAUAGAUGCUGAUGGUGAAUCUGUGAUAAACUGAGGAACAUCAGCUGGUGAGAUGAACCACCCAAACCAUUACAGAAUCUCUGGAUUUACUGGAUCAAAUUCAAUUUGCUUAUUCACGUGUGUCUACACUUCCAUUAUAAAAAACUCAUUCCACCCUCUUGCCAAGCUGACAUUAACUCAAACAUAUUUGUAUAAAGAAUGCAUAUUAUGUUCAAACCAUUGUACUAAAUGCAGUUUCAUCAAAAGACAGCUAUAUUGUGAAAGAACCAAGGAUGGGUUCAAUAUAAUAAAACUAUUAAAAAGAAUGUUGAUAUUUCCCUAAUUCUAUCACUGACUGACCUAGAACAAACCCCUGCAUUGGCUAAAUCCCUGGUAAUUGGAGACAGAUAUGUUGUGCAACUGAAUAUGCUAUUCAACUGAAUUCAGGUGUUUGUUGUUUAAACAUUUAAAUUGCAUACCCAUUGAGGUCUACAAUUGAAAUGUUAUUAUCUACCAGAUAUAGCAAGGCACAUACAUGUUGGUUUUUGAACCUGGAGGCUGGUUUGAUCCAGUGCACCAAACUGAGUCAUCAUGUUUUCAUUUGAUCUUACCUGACCAAAAAAAAACCCAAAAAAACGUGACACACGUUUGUGACGUACAUUUGUGACAAUAUGUUUGUGACAUAUUUUUCUUAUAUAUUUAAAACAAUCACAGCAGUCUUCAUGCCAAGACAUAAAAUAUGGGUUUAAAAAUAUAAUGACAUUUUUGAUUAACCGUUUAUCCUUCCAGAACAGCUCAUCUUAAAGUAUGUAUUGGUUUUAAUAACAUGUUAGGCGAUAGAAAAUUCAGCAGCAUUGCCAUCAUUCUUGUGUUAAUACUAAUUUGUUAGAUAAAGUUAAGGUUACAAAUCUAGUUGUGAUAUUUUACUAUCUUGGCAGUUCACUAUAGUUUUACUUGUUCUCAUGCUAUGCAUUACUUUGUUUAAUCUUGUAGUGCCCAAGAAAUUGCUGAAAAAAUAGUGUAUGCAUCUCAAACUGUUUUGCCAUGCAAUGCUGGUUUCUGUGCUGAAUCAUGUGAUUACAACAUGUGUUGCCAUCAUUUUUUCUCCUAAAAUGUAGGAAUAAAAAAAGUGCUAUAACCAUUUUCACCAGUAGAUGGCAGUGAUGUGUUUAAAAUCACUUUCUACUACAUUUACUAAUUUAAAAUGGCGUGAACUUAUGAAAAGGGUGCAUGGCAACAUGACACACAAAUAAACCUACUUAAUGAAAUUCUGAAUUUCAUUAGUCAGAAACUAACGCUUGCUUGGGUUUGAAAACUCAGACUGCUCUGGACAAUGGGUUAGACAUGAGACCUGAAAAGCCCAGAAUUAAUUAAUUAAAAUACAUCCAAAGAAAUAUUUAGCCAAAAGCAAUUGCACAAAAAAUAAGAAACACAGACACAAGUGUUUUCUAAUAUCAAAAUAGAGCAAUUUAUUUGAAACACUGAAUAUGACUAUCCAUUUCUUGAAACAAAUGAGCUACUCUACACAGGGUGAAGUAGAGUAAACAAGUGGUCAAAGGAUCUGUUCUAAACUGGACCUGGCAACAGAGCACAGUCUGGCUGUCAGUCUGACACAGACAAUAAAAAACAGCAGAAGCCAGAAAAUGAUCAUUUCAGUGAGUGAAUAAAUGCAUGAAAGAGUGAUUGAAUGUUUGAGUAAUGUUUUUUUUUUAAUACAAAGAUGAAACACAGCAGAUCCUAACAGCUGAGAAAGUGCACUUCACGUGGAACUAAAAUUAGCUUAAUCCAAACAAUGCAGAGAUUGGACAAGUGUUUAAAGAUGCAGUAUCCCUUUAUUAAACAGAACAUUGAAAGAAAAAAAAGAAAAAAACUACCCCCACCCCUUUAGAGAGGAGGAAAAAAGUAAGCAACACCACAUACAAAAAAAAUAAAUUCUAACAAACACAAAAAAGGGAGUAUUUUCAUCUAGUCUGUUUUGGCAUAUCCAGAUGUAAAUAUUUUUCACCACAAAAAAAAAAAAAAGUAUCUU